GGGGCCGCAAGAUAUAUAAUAGGCGGUUGAGCCGCCGGAACGCGAACAACGAGAAAGCCAAAGACAGAACUUGACGUCUCGACGCGAACAUCUAUCAAAAUGAGGGAGAUUGUGCAUCUUCAGGCCGGCCAGUGCGGAAACCAGAUUGGUGCCAAGUUCUGGGAGGUGAUCAGUGACGAACAUGGCAUUGACCCAACUGGAACGUACCACGGAGACAGCGACCUGCAGCUUGACAGGAUUAAUGUCUACUACAAUGAAGCUUCAGGUGGCAAAUAUGUUCCUCGUGCUGUUCUUGUUGAUCUGGAGCCAGGGACCAUGGACUCCGUCAGGUCCGGACCUUUCGGACAAGUCUUCAGGCCUGACAACUUUGUUUUUGGUCAGAGUGGCGCUGGUAACAACUGGGCUAAAGGCCACUACACUGAAGGUGCAGAGCUGGUUGACUCUGUUCUGGAUGUGGUCAGGAAAGAGGCUGAAAGCUGCGACUGUCUGCAGGGUUUCCAGCUCACCCAUUCCCUCGGUGGUGGUACAGGCUCCGGUAUGGGAACCCUGCUGAUCAGUAAGAUCCGUGAAGAAUACCCAGAUCGCAUCAUGAACACGUUCAGCGUGGUGCCUUCUCCCAAAGUAUCUGACACAGUAGUUGAGCCCUACAAUGCCACACUGUCGGUUCAUCAGCUUGUAGAAAACACCGAUGAGACCUACUGCAUUGACAAUGAAGCCCUCUACGACAUCUGCUUCCGCACACUUAAACUCACAACUCCCUCCUACGGUGACCUCAACCACCUGGUCUCUGCAACCAUGAGUGGUGUGACCACCUGCCUGCGGUUUCCCGGACAGCUCAACGCUGACCUGCGGAAGCUGGCCGUCAACAUGGUGCCAUUUCCCCGUCUGCAUUUCUUCAUGCCUGGCUUUGCUCCCCUCACAAGCAGAGGCAGUCAGCAGUACCGGUCCCUCACUGUGCCAGAGCUCACCCAGCAGAUGUUUGAUGCCAAGAACAUGAUGGCGGCUUGUGACCCACGCCAUGGGCGCUACCUGACGGUGGCUGCCAUCUUCCGUGGCCGCAUGUCCAUGAAGGAGGUAGAUGAGCAGAUGCUGAACGUGCAGAACAAGAACAGCAGCUAUUUUGUUGAAUGGAUCCCAAACAAUGUCAAGACCGCCGUCUGCGACAUUCCUCCCAGAGGUCUCAAGAUGGCCGCCACAUUCAUCGGCAACAGCACCGCCAUUCAAGAGCUGUUCAAGCGCAUCUCCGAGCAGUUCACUGCCAUGUUCAGGCGCAAGGCUUUCCUCCAUUGGUACACAGGAGAAGGUAUGGAUGAGAUGGAGUUCACGGAGGCUGAGAGCAAUAUGAAUGAUUUGGUGUCUGAGUACCAGCAGUACCAGGAUGCUACUGCUGAAGAGGAGGGAGAGUUUGAAGAGGAGGGAGAGGAGGACCUGGCCUAAACUUGCUGUUAUGAAGUUUAAAUGUUUGUCGUACAUUUCUGUUUUUCCAAGUUCUGAUGUACGUGUUCCAGCUGAUUUACUUUUCUAUGGCGAUGCCUCGGUAACGAAGCAUACUGUUCAAAUGUUGUUCAUUGCUGUUUAUCUAUGAAGCUGUUUGUCUGAAGCAAUGUCAUGUUCUGAGGUCGGAAUAAAGUUCUGAAGGUACA